AGAAGAAAAUGGUGUAAGGCCAGCCAGUGCAGCUCCCAGCUCCAAUCACGGCGUGCCCAGGCCUCAGGGAGGAACAUGGCAGCAGCUCAGGGAGCAGGAAGCAGUUCAGCCGGGCCAUCCGGACUUCCCGGUUCUGCCCCGGGGCACAACAACAACUCCACAGCAGUGGCGGUAUGGGAAUGGCAGGAUGAAUUUGGCAGGUGGAGGCCAUACCGAGGGAACGUCUGCAGCUACAUUGAACAGGUUUUUCAGGCCUCUCAGCAGAAGGGCCGGCGUUCGGGGUCGGGGCUUGUCAGCAGCAUCCCUUUGGGUCACGCGGAUCCUGUCUUGGCCCCCUAUGUCAUCGACAUCCCAAGCUUGACGCAGUUCCGGCAGGAUACAGGGACGAUGCGGGCUGUCCGCAGGCACCUCUUCCCUGGGGACUCCGCUGCCGGUCAGGGCAUUGUUUGGGAGUGGCAGAACGACGAAGGCGGGUGGUCCCCAUAUGAGAUGAAUGUCUGCGUGUUUCUGGAGCAAGCCCGUGCCACAAACCACCAGCGAGUAGAUCUCGGACCCUUGGGCUACAACUACGAAGUUGACUUUGUGGCUCAAGUCCAGACCAACAAGACCACAAGAUUCCGCCGCAGCGUUCAGAGGCGCUUGGAUGCCCCGUACCCGGUGACGGCCUCCCCGGCACCCCUUCACGCAGGGCCGGCUUGUUCUUGCCAGCAGUGCUGGUUAAACAGCGGGACUGGUCCCAUCACCACGCGCUACCGCCACUCCAUGAUAAACUUUCCCAACUCUUCCACUACUCAUCAGGUUUCCGGUAGGACAGCGUCAGUAAGUUCUUCCAGCUUCGUGCCCUAUAACAAACCAGCUUUGUCUGGAGCAAGGUCAACAUCGAGACUCAAUGCACAAAGCACCUGGGCCUUGCCUCAAGCUGGGGCCACCAGCACAGGACUGUCUGCAUCUAACGGAGUCAGCGCCCCAAACCUGACAGUCAAGAUGCCCAAACCCAGCAAGGUGAACCAGGCCCUGGCAGGCAUGACGGCUAUUCUGAUGUCAGCCGCUGGACUCCCCGUGCACCUCACCUGUGUGCCGCAAGCUGCCAGCACCCAUAAAGCCACUAAAAAACACAGCUCAGUUAAGGAGGGGAGGAAAGUAUCCAAGAAAGGUA